UCUAGUGUGCUCUUUUUCAUCCAGUUUCUCAUCGUUCGGUUAUAUUUUGUGAAAAGUUGCAUUUUGAAAAUAGAAAUUAUCACAGUAUUCGAUGAAACGUUCUAAAAUCCGUCUGAAAUAAUAACCAGCGUUGCGAAUCGUUCACGUCAAAUUACAAAUCGACGAUUGCGAACCUCGUGAUUUUUGGUAUUAAAUUCGAAAAUGAAGAUUUAUAAAAUGUCAACGUUAAAUCAGAUUAUUAGAAGCUCUAAGACUGAUAGUGAAAGUUUUAAGUUAAUUUAGGAUUCCUAAAUAGUACUGUGAAAAAGUGAGGUUAGCUUUUUCGGGACUAAAGGCAUUUUUCUCCAAGAAGUGUGACGUAGAAAUAAUUGUGAAUAACUUUAUCCAACAAGCCAGAAUAGUUAAGUGACUGGCCUAGAUUGAAAUACGCAUUGUAUUAAAAGGAUUUUAGUUCGAUAAAUGUAUUCUAAUUCCUCUAUUAUUAUGUAUACUAGUGAAAUCAGUCCAUUUAUAAGGGUGUUUGCUAUUAUCAACUUGAGUAAGAUUGCUGGUAUCUGCACGAAUAAGAUGCACAAUGUGGAAUCAGCUUUUGUGACUUCUAGCAUUGGAUAUAGAGCAAAAAAUGAUCCUGGAGACUGACAUCCGUUCUGCAGGAGCCACUAUGAUGGAUAUAUGACGUUUACUUGAUAUCCUAUCCCCCUUGGUUGAUUCAAAUAUUAAUGUGACAUGAAAUCAAAAGAAUAGCAACCGAUUAUAUUAUACAAGGCGUUGCUCCGAAAGAUAAGCAGUUGGAAAAGCGUAGACAAAAUAAUUGUGUGUCAAAAAAACAAGAAAUUUCCAAAAAUUUCACUGGACUCGUUUGGUGGACAUUGAACAGAAAAAAAAGUUGGUGGUAUUUAAAUACGAGACUAGAAAAGAAUUGGUGGUGACUCUAUGACUUUAUUAGCUGACAGUAAAACUGUUUAAAAAUAAAGUAUUUUAUUUUUUAAUUUAAAAAUUAUCAGUGUGUUUAUUUACUUAACAUUCAACUUAAAUAUAAAGUGUUUUUAAUAUUUCUUUUUAAGACUUUGCGUGUUUUCGCUGACGUUUUUGUGUGUUAGAAAAAACAUUUUGUAGUUUUUAAUCUGGUACUUAUAUCGUUCAGUAGAAAUGGGCACUAGAAGUUUUCUGUCGAAAGCGUUUCGUCGAAAUGACAAAACGGACGCCAUCAGGAGUUUGGAACAGAACGAGGAACUGCUUCAAGAAAGCUGGUGUAAUGAUAUGAUUCACGACGGAGAACUAUUUUAUCUUGCAACUUUCGAUGUUUACAGAGUUGAUCGGAAAUAUGAAAUAUCUAAUUCUUCAAGAGGAGGUGGAGUUAUAUGUGCUCUGAAAAAGGCACUAAAUUCCACUUGGAUUAAUAUAAGUGAUAUUUGUGUUCCAAUUCCCUCAAAUACCAAUAUUAAUUUCCUACUCAUUCAAAUAAGACCAUGCUACCAAUGUAUAUACAUUUUGCUUAUUUAUAUAACUCCUAGUUCAGUUGAUGAUUAUGAGGUAGUUUUGGAAACGCUAUCUCUAUUUGCAACUUUAAAUGAUGAAAAAUCUUCCUGUAGAGCUGAAGAAAUAGUAUUAAAUGAAGAUGAUUACCAUCUAUCAUUAUUCAUAGAAAUUUCAACAAAAAAUACAAAUUCACCAAUGCCCUGUAAACCGGAUAAUAUGCAGUUCAAUUAA